CCUCCUCUUCCUUUUCCCUCCUCCCCCAAUCCCCUUCAUCUCUUUUCACAUCCUACCGUCAAGAUGAGCUCCGAAACUAACGGCACUGCUGAGAGAUUCGCCAUCGGUAUCUCCUUUGGCAACUCCUCCAGCUCCAUUGCCCGCAUCAACGCCGAGGGCAAGGCUGAGGUUAUUGCCAACGAGGAGGGAGACCGUCAAAUCCCUACCGUCCUCUCCUACAUUGAUGGCGAGGAAUACCACGGUACUCAGGCUAAGGCCCAGCUUAUCCGCAACUCCAAGAACACCGUUGCCUACUUCAGAGAUUUCCUUGGCAAGGACUUCAAGUCGAUAGACCCCACUCCCUGCCACAACUCGGCCCACCCCCAACAGAGCGACUCGACCGUUGCUUUCUCCAUCUGCGAUACCUCCAGCGAGACCCCCAACACCGUCACCGUCUCCGAGAUCACAACCCGCCAUCUCCGCCGUCUGAAGCAGUCUGCCGCUGAUUUCCUUGGAAAGGAGGUCAACGCCGCUGUUAUCACUGUCCCCACCGACUUCAAGGAUGCUCAGCGUGAGGCUUUGAUCGCCGCUGCCAACGCUGCUGGCCUUGAGGUCCUGCAGCUCAUCCACGAGCCCGUUGCUGCUGUCCUUGCCUACGAUGCUCGUCCGGAGGCUGUCGUGACCGACAAGCUGGUCGUUGUCGCCGACCUUGGUGGCACUCGCUCCGAUGCCGCCGUCGUUGCUUGCCGUGGUGGCAUGUACACCAUUCUUGCCACUGCUCACGACUACGAGUUGGGCGGUGCUCAGUUGGACAAGAUCAUUAUCGACCACUUCGCUAAGGAGUUCAUGAAGAAGCACAAGACUGACCCCCGCGAGAACGCUCGUGGUCUGGCCAAGCUGAAGCUGGAGGGUGAGGCCACCAGAAAGGCUCUCAGUCUCGGCACCAACGCUACUCUGAGCAUCGAGUCUCUGGCUGACGGCAUUGACUACGGCUCUACCGUCAACCGUACCCGCUACGAGCUGCUCUCCGGCAAGGUGUUCGCUCAGUUCACCGGCCUGAUCGACCAGGUUGUCAAGAAGGCCGGUCUCGAUGUCCUGGACAUUGAUGAGGUUAUCUUUGCUGGUGGUACUUCCCACACCCCCAAGAUCGCCCAGUUGGCCCGCAACAUCUUCCCCGAGAAGACCACCAUCCUCGCUCCCUCCACCUUCAUUGGUGCCAUCAACCCCUCCGAGCUCGCUCCCAGAGGUGCCGCUAUCCAGGCCUCCCUGAUCCAGGAGUUCGACAAGGAGGACAUCGAGCAGUCCAUCCACCCCAUGGUUACCGCUACCCCUCACCUUCAGAAUGCCAUCGGUGUCGAGUUCACCUCUGGCGAGACCGUUGACUUCAAGCCUCUCCUGAACACCGAGACUGCUCUCCCCGCUCGUCGUACUGCGCAGUUCUCUGUCCCCAAGGAGGGUGGCGAUGUCUUCGUCCGUGUCUGCGAAGGUGUUCGUGAGAUCAAGGUUACCAAGCCCGAGCCCAAGCCCAAGGAGGAGAAGACCAAGACCGAAGAUGAUGAGGAUGACUCCGACUUCGACUCCGAUGAGGAGGAAGAGGAGGAGAUCCGUGAGCUCGUCUGGAAGACCGAGAAGCCCAUUGCUGAGCUGGCCGUCAAGGGUGUCAAGGCUGGCAGCAAGGUUGAGCUGAUGAUCCACGUCAACGCUGACCUUGGUCUGCAGAUCACGGCCAAGGAAGUUGGCGGCCAAGGUGCCGUCCGCGGUGCUGUUGAGGCUCCCAAGGCCUAGAUUUUCCUUUAACGUAUAAUUUUCUUGCUCAUAUAUCUUUGAAGAUCUCAAGACUAUAACGAUGCUUUCCUUCUAUGAAUCGAUCUAGAUUUUUAUAACCAUUGUUGAACGACUCCUGUGACCCCUGUGGCAUCUUUGCAACUAACCUUGCAUUCAUUGUGUGCACCGGGCAGGACUCAGGGAAUAUGUUCUGCAUUCUGUCUUGCUAUGACUUAUUGAUGAUGAUGUAUCGAUGAAGGCUUCUAAAAGUAUAUAGAGCUGUUUUGAAGCACAAUAGAAAGCCGAUGUGUUUCCAG